AUGUCCGAAGAAAAAGAUCAUUCGGAACAGCAGACGACAACUCCGGCAGUCGAAGAAGACGGAGUGUUGGCUAACCCCAGAGCAGUUUGUACCGUUUGUAAACAUUUGUACCGGGAACCUAAAAUCCUGCCGUGCCUACACACAUUCUGCCUGGAGUGUAUCAGCCGUCUGGAACCCUUUUCGGUCGCCGCUGGUCGCCACCGGAACAGUCCUGAACAAGAGGGUGGGCACGGAGGAGCCCCGAAAAAGGGGGUGGCAGAGAAAUCCACACGGGUCUGUGUCAAGGUGCUCUGCCCCCAAUGUUACUCCGAAGUGGACCUUCCACCUUCGGGGCCCGCCGGGCUCAGCACCGACCACCUGGCGCUAGACGAAGUGUUCCUCGAGACUUUGGUAAGCGACGGCCCGCUGGGGUGUGACCUCUGUGGAGAAGGAGGCGCCGAGAACCGCUGUGAGGUCUGCUGUGUCAACCUGUGCGAGUUCUGUUUACAAGCGCACAGGCGUCAGACACGGACAUCAUCUCAUUCCAUUCAGAAAUUACAGGAUCUGAAAUCUCGGGGUCGCCUCUGCCGUCCUGUCCUGUGCACUCUCCAUCCCGGCCAGGAGCUGUUGCUCUUUUGCCAGCUUUGCGAUCUGCCAGUGUGCAUGGAGUGCGCCUCAACGCACCACUCGGAGCACCGCUGUUGCCCCGCCCACGAAGUUGUAGGCUGCCACGGAGACCGCAUCAGGACGCUGAUAACUGUCCGCUUGCGACCUCACCUGCAAAGACUAGAGCAGACACUGCAGAAGGUAGAGGUUUCCCAGGAAGCUUUGCUGACUAGAGUGGAGGCCACAGCCGAUGAGGUGCGGACAUUUGCCCGAGGCUAUGCCAGUGCGGUGGAAACUCACUGCUUGGACUUAUUGCAUCGACUGGAGGAACUUCACCUUCACCGCCGGAACCAGCUGCAUUUGCAGAGGGCACAGCUGCAACAGGCGCUGUCGGACGUCCAGGGCGGUGUGGACUUUGCUGAUAGGCUCCUGAGCUGUGGCUCGGAUGCCAAGAUAAUCAGCGCUAAGGGCGUGACACUGAGAAGACUGAGCAGCCUAGUGGAGAGCAGCUGUGAAGAUCAGCUGGCAGCGCUAGUCCCUGAUGAUGGCAGCGGUAUCCGCUUUGAUCCCCAGGGAGUAGCGGGGGAAGUGAGCGGUUAUCCAGUGGUGGGCGUGAUUCAUUUUAAGGCCCUGGACCCAAACAAAUGCACACUAGAUGGAGAAGGUCUGGAGCUGGCUAAUGAGGGCCAGCAGGCUCAUUUUACCCUGGUCUGCCGAGACUCCACAGGGGACCAAAUGGCACAUGGGGGCGAUCAUGUCCUGGUCAGCAUUGUUCACAGGGAGAAGAAAAAUUGCAUGUUGGAAAGCACAGUGGUGGACAACAAUGACGGCUCUUACAAAAUAUCAUACACACCGGACGAGGCAGGAAUGUAUUCCGUGUGGGUUUGUGUCAAAGCUCAACAUGUGAAGGGUUCUCCAUUUGUUUUGAAUGUGAAGAAAAAGCCGAGGACUCACACUGGAAUGUUCCACUGCUGCUCCUUCUGCUCCAGUGGAGGAGCAAAGGAGGCUCGUUGUGGCUGUCCAGGAACAAUGCCCGGAGGAUUUCAAGGGUGUGGGCACAGCCACAAGGGUCAUCCCGGAAAGCCGCACUGGUCGUGUUGUGGCAGCACCACGGAGAAGUCAGAGUGUUUACCUGCCAGUGUGAUCAAAGCCAUCUCCGUGGGUAAACACCUACGCACCGUUGAGCUCUGA